GACGAGACGCACGUCGUACGGCCUCGACCAUCUUGUUUUCUUGGGUUCGUGAGAGUAUAUCAGAUUUCCGCCUCAAUAACCCGAUCUCGCUAGAUACGAUUUUUGCUCAGUUUUGUUCCUCGGCUCAUGUGUUGAGACGAUUAGGUCGCGGCGACAAUAAAUAAAGGGGGUUAUCUGCAACUGGUCUAUAGGAGAUAGUACUUUUUGCUUAGAAAAUGUCUGAAGAACGAGCGGUACACCCGGAUUGCCGAAAUGCCAGUAAUCCUUUCCAUGAGUGUAGUGAUUAUUGCUUUAAAGUGAUAGCUGAAGCCAAAACAAAGAUGCAACAAAAGGAACCAGAAGUCAUACCAGCAAGUGGCGACAGUAAGCAAGGCCCCCCAGGUGACAUGUAUCCUGCUGAGUGCAUAGAUGAUGAAAAACCCUAUCUUGAUGAAGAGCAGUCUGCUAGUGAAGAUGAACAUCCUGCAGCAGAAAACUUUGAACAAGAAUACGCGAAACUUUCUAAGAGACAGAAAAAGUGGAUGGAAUUGAGGAACAAGAUGCAAGAAGCAAAAAAACGUAAUCAAAUUGAAAUUGCUGCUGAAAAAAAAAGGAUGGAAGCUCCAGCAGAAUCUCGGGGUAUUUCUAAACAGAAGUGGCUUGAGGACAGGAAGAAACAAAUUGGGAAACUUCUAGAUGCAAAUGGUCUGGAUAUGACUAAAGCAUAUAUGCUUGACACACAAGAGUCAGCGGAAGAAAAGUACAAGAAAUGGGAGAAGGAUCCUGCUCCAUUUGGCUGGGAUGGUAUGUUUUGUUCUUUUCCAAAAAAAUAA